UUAAGUUUCACAUCUGAAGAUAUGGCAUUUCUAGCAGUCCACGUGUUGAUUGGGAUGUUUAUUUACUCUAGCACUGUAAAAGGAUCCUCCCAGCCUCAGGCCAGGGUGUUCUUAACAUUCAAUGAGCUGCAGGAAACCAAGACCUCUGAAUAUUACCGUAUAUCCCACCACCCACUCGAUUACAGGAUAUUAUUAAUGGAUGAAGAUCAGGACCGGAUCUAUGUGGGCAGCAAAGAUCACAUUUUGUCUUUGAAUAUUAAUAAUAUAAGCCAGGACCCUCUGAGUAUUUUCUGGCCAGCAUCAGCAAUCAAAGUUGAAGAGUGCAAAAUGGCUGGCAAAGAUCCUACACAUGGCUGUGGAAAUUAUGUACGUGUGAUACAGACCUUCAAUCGCACCCAUCUGUACGUCUGUGGGAGUGGAGCAUUCAGCCCAGUAUGCACAUACCUCAAUAGAGGGCGCAGGUCUGAGGAGCAAGUCUUCAUGAUCGACUCCAAGUGUGAAUCGGGGAAGGGGCGCUGCUCUUUCAACCCUAAUGUGAACACAGUAUCUGUUAUGAUCAAUGAAGAGCUGUUUUCAGGAAUGUACAUAGAUUUCAUGGGGACCGAUGCAGCAAUUUUUCGCAGUUUAACCAAACGGAAUGCAGUGAGAACUGACCAACACAAUUCUAAGUGGCUGAGUGAGCCUAUUUUUGUGGAUGUUCAUCUCAUCCCAGACGGCACAGACCCUAAUGAUGCCAAAGUGUACUUCUUCUUCAAAGAGAGGCUUACAGACAACAGUGGCAGCACCAAACAGAUUCAUUCAAUGAUUGCUAGAAUAUGCCCAAAUGAUACUGGUGGACAGCGUAGUCUUGUAAACAAGUGGACAACAUUCUUGAAAGCAAGACUUGUGUGCUCAGUAAUGGACGAGGAUGGAACGGAGACAUACUUUGAUGAAUUAGAGGAUGUAUUUCUCCUAGAAACAGAUAACCCUAGAACAACACUGGUGUAUGGAAUUUUUACAACAUCAAGCUCUGUAUUUAAAGGUUCAGCAGUGUGUGUGUAUCACUUGUCUGAGAUCCAAACAGUGUUCAAUGGACCCUUUGCACAUAAGGAAGGUCCUAACCACCAGCUAAUUCCAUAUCAGGGCAGAAUUCCAUAUCCACGACCUGGCACAUGUCCUGGAGGAGCCUUUACACCCAACAUGCGGACAACCAAGGAAUUCCCCGACGACGUUGUGACCUUUAUUAGGAAUCACCCCUUGAUGUUCAAUCCCAUUUACCCAAUACACAAAAGGCCAUUAAUCAUUCGGACAGGAACAGACUACAAGUAUACAAAGAUAGCAGUGGACCGAGUUAAUGCUGCUGACGGACGAUACCAUGUCUUAUUUCUUGGAACAGAUCAGGGGACUGUACAGAAAGUUGUUGUCCUACCCACUAACUCUUCUGCAAGUGGAGAGCUCAUUUUAGAAGAACUGGAGGUUUUUCAGAAUAAUGCUCCCAUAACAACAAUGAAGAUUUCAUCUAAAAAGCAACAGUUAUAUGUGAGCUCGGAUGAAGGGAUCACGCAGGUAUCUUUGCAUCGCUGCCAUAUCUAUGGAACAGCCUGUGCUGACUGCUGCCUAGCUAGAGAUCCUUACUGCGCUUGGGAUGGCAAUUCCUGCUCCAGGUUCUACCCAACAGGGAAGAGGCGGAGUCGUAGACAAGAUGUGAGACAUGGAAAUCCUAUGACUCAGUGCCGAGGAUUUAACUUGAAAGCGUACAGAAAUGCGGCAGAAGUCAUUCAGUACGGAGUGAAAAACAACACCACCUUUCUUGAGUGCACCCCUAAAUCUCCCCAGGCGUCCAUUAAAUGGCUCUUACAGAAAGACAAUGACCGAAGGAAAGAGGUCAAACUUAAUGAAAGGAUCAUAUGGACUGAGCAAGGACUCUUGAUUCGCUCUGUCCAGGAUACUGACAGAGGACUCUACCAUUGCAUUGCGACAGAGAACAGCUUCAAGCAAACCAUAGCAAAGAUCAACUUCAAAGUGUUAGAUUCAGAUAUGGUGGCCUUCAUGACUGACAAGUGGUCCCCCUGGACCUGGGCCAGCUCUGUACGAGCACUGCAGUUCCAUCCAAAGGACUUCAUUGGAGCUUUCAGCCAUUCAGAAAUGCAGAUGAUUAACCAAUACUGCAAAGACAGCAGACAGCAAGGACAGCGCGGAGAAGAAUCCCAGAAGAUGAGAGGGGACUAUGGCAAGUUAAAGGCCCUGAUUAACAGCAGGAAAAGUAGGAACAGAAGGAAUCAAUUACCAGGAUCUUAA